GUUCACUUUAGUCAUUUUGAAACAUCACCAGAAGAUAGUGUAAAAAAUAGUCGAGAAAAUGAAGUUCGUGGCACUGAUAUCCUUGAUGUUCAUCGCAAGUUGCGUUGCCCAACAAAAGACGGAUCUCCAAUGCUACAUGGAUCCCCUGCCAGAGGGAUUUUGUGGCGAGCCUUUUAUAGGGUAUACCUAUUCGAGUGCGAGAACCCGUUGCGUAAUCCAUGAAACCCAAGGUUGCACGAUUUCGGGAAAUUUCUUCACCGACAAGGCGGCAUGUGAGGCAAAAUGCAAACCUCCGCUCACUUUUAGCGCCAGUCCAUUCAGUUACUUUCACGAAACGGUAUUCGAACAGGCCAACAAAUUGAUAAAACAAUUAAUAAGUCAAAUUCUGUAAAAUAGUUGACAAAUAAAUGCAUUCGAUGGAAAAAAUAAAAUGAGCAAUGCCCAAGAAUACUAAA